CGUUUUGGAGCGCCAAAGGAGGCUUCACUGGUACCUAAUGACCUUACUCGAAUCGAGUCAGCGAUGGCCGAAGAGCGCCGAGAUGAUCUCGGGAACUAAUGUGCGGACAUAUUUCCCGGGGCCAAGAUUUCGACGUAUAUCAAGUCGCCCUUCCCCUCUGAAUAUGAGAGAUCAUCCCGUUAGAUUUGUUACAAGAUGGGUUCAAUAAUCAACACCGCAAAUGGCCAGCCCAAGAGGCCAAUCCGCAUUGCCGGAUGCUCAGGAGGUGUCUAUGAUCGCAAGCGUGCGAUCCAUGACAUGGCCAAGAACGAGGACGUCGACGUCAUCACGGGAGACUGGAUGUCCGAGUGCAACAUGACGCUGCGGGGAUCCGACAAGCGUGACCGGCUCGCCCAGAAGUCCAUGACCUCGGGCUCGACCGUCGUGGCCAAGGGCUACGAGCCGUACUUCCUCGACGAGCUCGACCCCGCCAUCCCGUGGCUCGCGAAGAAGGGCACCAAGAUUGCCGUCAACGCCGGCGCCAGCGACGUCCACGGCCUAGCGGAGGCAGUGAAGGAGCUCAUCAAGAAGCACGGGGUUGACCUCAAAGUCGGCGUUGUCGAUGGCGAUGACGUGACCGACGCCGUACUAGAUCUCUAUAAGAAGGGCGAGCCGUUCCUCAACCUGCCCGCAAACAAGCCCAUCCAGGAGUGGGGCUUUGAUCCCAUCUGCGCCCAAUGCUACCUCGGCGGCACCGGCAUCGCGGCCUGCUUCGAGGGUGGCGCAGACAUUGUGCUCUGCGGCCGAGUUGCCGACGCGUCCGUGACCGUCGGCGCGGCCAUGUGGUGGCACGGCUGGAACCGGGACCAGCACAUCGAAGAGCUGGCUGGCGCCCUGAUGGUCGGCCACAUCAUCGAGUGCAGCACGUACGCCACCGGCGGCUACUACUCGGGCUUCAAGGAUCUGGGCACCAACGACACCGACAUGGGAUACCCCAUCGCCGCCAUCGACAACAAGGGAGAGGCCGUCAUCUCCAUGGAGCAGGGCAAACACGGCUUGGUCAACAUCGCCACCGUGGCCAGCCAGCUCCUGUACGAGAUCCAGGGCUCCCUCUACUACAACUCGGACGUCACCGCGUGUAUCGACGACAUCCGCCUGACCCAGAUCGGAGAGAAUGAAGUUCACGUGGCGGGCGUCAAGGGACUGCCCGCGCCGGCGACCACCAAAGUCGGCAUCACCGCCAAGGGAGGCUUCCAGGCCGAAUUCCACUUCUACCUCACGGGCCUGGACAUCGAGGAGAAGGCAGCCAUGGUGGAGCGGCAGACCAAGGCCCUCAUGGGCGAGCAUGUCACCAAGUUCUCGUGCCUGCGCUUCAUGAUUGCGGGCGCCGUGCCCGAGAACCCGGCGUCGCAGGAGGAGGCCACCGUGGACCUGCGCAUCUUCGCGCAGACGCGCGACCCGGACAUCCUGUCGGGCAACAACUUUGUCGACUCGGACCGCGGCUCCUUCGCCCGCUUCUGCAUCGAGAACCUGCUGCAGGGCUACCCGGGCAGCACCAUGGCGCCCGACAUGCGCACCGCCAUCGGCCGGCCCUUCUUCGAGUACUGGGUCAGCCUGAUGCCGCAGACCUUUGUGCACGAGACGGCGCACCUCCCCAACGGCAAGGUCAUCGACAUCCCCGCCCCCACCGUGGUGCGCGAGUACCCGCGCGAGCAGCCGAGCUACGACACCGUCAACCCGGUCGACCUGUCGAGCUACGGCCCAACGACGCGGGCGCCGCUGGGCCGCGUGGUGAUGGGGCGGUCGGGCGACAAGAGCUCCAACGCGAACCUGGGCCUGUUCGUGCGGCACGACGACGAGUGGGACUGGCUGCGGUCGCUGCUGAGCGUGGCCAAGCUGCGCGAGCUGCUCGGCAAGGACGACAAGGGCCGCCAGAUCGACCGCUGCGAGUUCCCCAACAUCCGCGCCGUCCACUUCCUGCUCAAGGACCACCUCGACAGGGGCUUCAACUCGACCAGCAGCUUCGACAGCCUGGGCAAGAACCUGUGCGAGUACAUCCGCUGCAAGCACGUCGACAUCCCGAACAAGUUCCUGGAGCGUGGGACCAUCUGA